AUGAAGGCACCCGAUCCGGCAGUGAAAUUUCUUACUACGAACGACCCGACGCAGUUUAUCGCCACGAUUGAGGCCACAGCUUCGAGGCUGAGCGGGACCUUCAACGGGGCUCCGUCCGACAACACGGCUGCGUUCACGAAGGCGUUCGAGUCCACCAGCUACUCGUCCCUCAAGGAAUUCAUCAAUGAAAAGGCCACGCUAUCGGUGUCCGACGCUACGCUUUCCUGCGGCUCGUGCGACCCCGAUGACACGGCCCAGCCUCUUCCGGCCACCGCCCCAAACGGCUUAACGCCAGCCGCACUUACAACGCCAGUGUAUUGUGGCAUGACACCCAAGCUGCUAGAGCUGGUCGUCGCCCCAAUGGACAAAGAGAACGACUACGUCGGUGCCUCGCCGGACGGUACCGUCUUCACGACUCGCUCGCUGUGUUGCCAACCUGGCGGCAAGGUCAUCUCGGUCUCCUGUCCCGAGAAUAACAGCAUCAAGAUCGUCGAAGUCGAGCGUCAGACGUAG